AUGUGUAUAUUUCCCAUAGUUCCUGUCGGUGGUGUGAGGAUCCAUGUGGCCCCUACUCAGGCAGCAGUGUUUGCAGCUAAAGGGGAGAAUGUCACUCUGCCGUGCAGGUUUUGGUACGAACCUGAGUUGAGCUCACCCAGAAACGUGAGGAUCAAGUGGUCCUGGCUCCCUGCGGCUGGAGGACAUGAGACAGAUGUGCUGGUGGCAAUCGGCUCCAACACUCGAAGCUUUGGAGCGUUCAGGGGUCGUGUGCAGCUCAGACAGGAUUUCCCAGGAGACGCUGCACUGCUGAUGCCUGGACUCCAGUUGAAGGACACAGGCCGUUACCGCUGUGAAGUGGUGGACGGGCUGGAGGACAAGAGCACCUCCGUUGACCUGGAGCUACAAGGUGUGGUGUUUCCCUACCAGCACCAUCGGGGUCGUUACCACCUGAGCUUCCUGGAAGCCCAGCGGGUCUGUGAGGAGCAGGACUCCUCGCUGGCCACCUUCACGCAGCUCUUCCAGUCCUGGAAGGAGGGUCUGAACUGGUGCAAUGCAGGCUGGCUGGCCGAUGGUACGGUCCAGUACCCCAUCACCCGACCCAGAGGGCCUUGCGGGGGGCACGACCUCGCUCCGGGGGUUCGGAGCUACGGAAGAUGGCGCCUGCUCCCUCAUCACUAUGAUGUCUUCUGCUUCUCCUCCUCCCUCCGAGGGAGAGUCUACUAUCUCCAGCCCUUCCACAAGAUGAACCUGACUGAGGCCCGGCAGGCGUGUCAGGCGGACGGAGCAGAGGUCGCCAAGGUCGGACAACUCUACGCUGCCUGGAAGUUCACAGGGUUGGACCACUGUGACGCCGGCUGGCUGGCCGACGGAAGCGUUCGCUACGCCAUCACCAGGCCACGCGAGAACUGUGGCCCCUCUGAGCCGGGGGUUCGCAGCUUUGGCUUUCCACCGCCACAGCACAAGCAUGGAGUCUACUGCUAUAAAUCAGUGGAGGAAUGA